UGAUGGCUUAUUUACAAAACAGUGCAAUUUUGAAGUGGAGUCAUAGUUCACUCUAAUUUUAGUCACCCAAGAAACUGGACGACGAAAAUUAUCCGUAUUUUACGACCAUGUAAUAUUAAUAACACGGUCAAUUAUUUGAAAGUUGGGUGGAUAAAUUAUUGCGAUAAAGAGUUUCAACCUGGGAAAAAAUUGUUUCGCGAGAAUAAAAAAAAGAGAAAUUUAAAAACUGAAAUUAAGAAGAAAAGCUUUGGAAAAAAAAAGGUGAUAACCAGAAACUAUAACAGAAAUAGAUGGUUCCGUUCCUUAUUAGAUGCUGCAGAUGUUUGACGUUUUUCUGUCUUCAGGUGGGGAUUGACAAAAAUACAAUUGAAUCAAAGAGUGAAGCGAAUUCAUCACUAGCACAGUUCACAAAACCGCCGGCAAUUUAGCCUUGUCUGCGCUCUUUAUAACUGGCGUUUUUCCAAACCUUCUUCAUUUUGAUUUUUGUUAUUAGCAUCUGAACUUUAAUCGCAAACAGUAGUUUACUUCCUUCCUUGCCAAUAACACGUUAAAAGGGUUUCAAAGAUAAGGCGGUAUACAAGUUAAAAAAAGCAAACAAACGCCUCAAGCGAUAUAUGUCCCAGCAAGUUGGUAAGCAGUUUUCCCCCUUGUUUCCAUAUUUAAGAUAAUUUUGAAAUGCUACCGCAAAAACAUUCCGAGCCAAUUAAUAAUUUAGAACCGCGAUUAAGUUGUCUCCACUCUUCUGUUAUUUGUGAGCCAAGCACCAAUUGAAAUAUUCAAGAAUGUUCAAAAUACAGCACCUUGUUCUUGAGCGAAACUAUUUCUAACACAAAUACAAAAGCGUGUUUAAAAUAUUAACGCCACUCGUGUAGGGAUUUUCUCUUUUUCACGAGCCUCAACGCUAUUCGACCAGCCCAAAAAACACACGGUUAAAAAUUAAAAUUAUCUGGCGUUUAAACCAAGCGGGAAGUUCUCGACGAACAUUUCGGUUUCAAAGUAUGUUUGCGUUUUGAUCCGUGUGCCAAAACACCAUUGAUUUAUACUCGCUCGGAGAUUGACACGCGUUAAAGAUUUCACGCCGAAGCGAAGAAGUUUUGAACGCUUUUAUUUUUCUUUCUCACUGGAAUAUUUAAAUCGCCUAUUUGAAUUUUCGCUGGCAUGGAAACGGUACGCGAAUCAGACGAGGAAAUGGACUCUGAAAACGAGUUACUACCGUAUACUUACGAGGGUGGACGGAACGAAAGCGGCGAGCGACAUGGCAAAGGCAAAGCAAGGCUUCCAAACGGUGAUGUUUACGAGGGGGAGUAUAAGAACGGAUACCGCAAUGGCUAUGGAAAAUACGUGUUUAGAAAACUGAAGGGCAAGUCGCGAAACGCUUGCUACAUGGGGCAUUAUGAAAACAACAAGAAAAACGGGCAAGGGACGUUUCUGUAUCCCGAUGGCGCGAAGUAUGAAGGAAGCUGGAAAGACGAUUUACGGCACGGAUUCGGUUCGUAUUAUUACACAAAUGGGGAUCUGUACCGAGGAGAGUGGGAACAUGACAGAAGACACGGUCAAGGAUCAUACACAUAUGCAGCGAGUGGGAUGUCAUACGAGGGGCAAUGGUUUGAGGGGAAAAGAUCAGGAAGAGGCAAACUUACGUUCGGAAAGCAAAACUACAUCGGGAAUUUUCACGACGAUAAAAUGAUCGGCCCGGGGACGUACAUCUUCGCCAACGGAACACAGCAACAUGGCGAGUACAUCGUAGUCGAGGAGGAACUCGAAGACUUAGAGCUCCCAAAGGGAAAAAACGACAGCGAUAAUGAAAACAGAAGCCGAACGAAGCAAGUGAAAAUCAAGUGGAUAAGUCGCAACAGCGACACUCCGCCUGUUACAGUUGUCAAGAAGGAGACAGUUAUAAAUUAACUGACUAAAUCACAACCUCGAUUCCAGGCUUUCUCUCCCUUGCAAAGGAGAGAGAACCUGGGUCUAGGUUAAUUAAAUUCAGGUUACAAUUUAGAAUAGUAACAAAUUUUGCUUUUUAGAAAAAAGGGUCCUUGAUGGUGCUGGUAAUUUAACCAUUUUUCUUACAUAACACGAAAGGGAAGAAUGUCAUUUUCAACUUUGUAACGUACAUAGGAAUCUAUGUUAAGGAAAUGGGUUGAAAGUUUGGUAAACAAUUUUUUUAAAAAAAUAAAAAUUAAAAGGUGGUUCUCUGAUUUCAGGGAUCCAUCGGAGGUUAAAAAUGAUUUUAAAUCGAGAUUUCGGUUAGUUAAACUAGUCUUCUUCAGGAAAGGAGGGAAAUAGAAGUCAAAAUGACGGACUGAUGGUUUUGCUUUGUAACCGCACCUUGACUCGGACAUAUCGUGACAGUUACGUGAAACGUCAUAUGUCAAGAUAAAAAACAAAUGUGUGGGAAAAUAAACCUUGAGACACAUCAGGAACAUUACAUGAACGUGAUAAACGAAUGUGAUACAUCACCGUCGAUGUAUGGAUCCUUCUCACGGUCACAGAGUUCAAGAAUUAUUUUUUUAAUUAA